AUGGCUGAGGAGGCGGCAGCCUCCCUAGAGAAGCCACUUGAGGAGGCCAAUCCAGAGGAGGCGGUGGAGGCUUUGCAAGUUGCAGAGGAGGUUGUAGCAGAUCCAAACAGUCAAAAGCCAGAAAUCAAGGAUGACAGAUUAAUCAAGGUGAAGGGUUUGGACAAGCAACAGCUGUGCAUCGAUUUGCUGAUGGUUGGCUGUGUCCAGUCCUACGUGGACUUUUUUUACAUCACACAUCGGAAAGCUGCUCCCAAAGAGGGCGCUCCUGCUUCAGAAGAUGAGGUGAAAGAUGUUGUCAUACCAGAGGAGACAUUAAUUUUUCUAAAGGAGACUCUGGAACAAGCAGAGUCUGCCCGGCGGCUUCGGAGCUACCUGCAGUGCUAUGAAAGCUACAACUCUUUGGCCGAAUUCUUUGAGAAGGUGCCGGACCUGAAGAGCGCCAUGUAUUUCUAUCAAAGAUGCGCAGAUGUGGCGGCAGAGGUGGAUGCAUGGGAGAGCAUCGCCAAGGCCAACCUCAAUCUCGGAAGCUGCGAGGAACAGGGAGGAAACUGGCAAAGCGCUAUGCAAUACCACGAGAAGGCCUUGGAGAUCGCCACCUCAGCAGACUCUUUGCCUUUACAGAUCAAAGCAGCCAGUCGCCUCACGACAGUCUGCCAAGUCCUGGCAGAGCAGUGUGAGAAGGACGGUCAUGAUGCGGAAGCUGUGCAGCUCUAUGAACGGUGCUUAAGCAGCGCCCAGCUUUCGAAGGACGCUGCACUGGAAGGCUCUGCAUGUCAUAAGCUGGGCUUGUCAAAGCACAAGACCGGGAACUAUGAGCAAGCAGUUGAGCUACAAAAGCAGUACCUCGAUAUAUGCAGGAUCCAGGAUGAUCGGGUUGGAGAAAGUGCAGCUCGAGCUGCGUUGGCGCAGGCCUAUGAGGCCACAGGCGACACUCAAGAAGCCAUCAAGCAGCUGGAGAACUUGCUCAGUGUGGCCAGCGAAGCCGGAGAACUCAAGGCCCAAGCUGGUGCAUGCUUAAACUUGGGCAUCCUCUACAACAGCCGCGGCAAUCACGAGAAGUCUGUGGAGCUGUUGGAGCAGCAUUUCGACCUAGCCAGGCAGGAAAUGCACAGCUGCAAGUUCUGGCGCCAAAGGCGCUGGCGAGAGAGCACAACUGCCACCUUUGGGGCACCAUACUAUGGCGAGAGAGUUGUGGGACAGCUGAUUUUUGCUGAAUCCAACGGGAAGGAGUAUUGUGAACAUGGCGACUACACUUUUCCAAAGAUUCAGACCUUGCCCGCCACGCUCGAAGGGCCCAAGGAAGCGGUCAAAGUGCUGCUUGUCCGAAGAGGCCGCUGUACCUUUGUGACCAAGGUUCGCAUAGCCCAAGACAAAGGAGCCAACGCUGUCAUUGUAGUUGAUCGGAAGACGUCUUCUUUAACAUCAGAAGACAUUCAGAAGACUGUGAUGGCAAAUGAUGGUUGGGGAGAUUCCAUCAAGAUUCCUUCAAUAUUGGUCAGCAGGUUUGAUGGCGAAAAGCUGAUAGAAUCAAGCCGACAGCAGACUGUAAUGGUUGAACUUGCUUGGGACAUCCCUCGUGGAGAGGUUGUGACCAUGGACUUUUGGAUGAGCUCUGGGUCCAGGGAAGCAGCGAGAUUUCUGGAGAAGUUCAAGGCACACGCUGUUGCUUUGAGGCAUCACCUUCAGUUUUCUCCGCACUAUCACAUCUUCACCAUGGAAGCAGGAACUGCAGACUCUCGACUGUGCAUUUCGGAGGGCGAAGAACGCUUUUGCGCACCAGACCCUGAUGGAGAUGGCUCAGUCACCGGAGGAGAUGUGGCAAACGAGGAUGUUAGGCAGCUUUGCAUCUGGAAUACCGCUGCAAGGAAGAAUCAUCCAAACGGAGCUUCCUACUCCGGGCUCUUCUGGCAGUACAUCGUUGACUUCAACCAGAGGUGUCACUUCAAGGGCUCAGAUCCCUCUCAUCGCUUUGGCGAGCAGUGUUCACAGCGAGUUAUGGGUGAUCUCAGCAUCGACAAAGCUGCGGUGCAAGAAUGCACUCAAAGAUCUCGCGUGAAGCUGCUGCGAGAACAGCUUAAGAAUGUGGCUUGGUCCAGCUUGGCACUUCGUCUCAAUGGCUGGAGAUACAGCGGCCCACUUGAUCCACAGACUGUGAUGAAAGCAGUUUGUGGUGGAUACACGUCCCAGCCAAGCGAGUGCAACAGCUCGCCAGGCUUGCCAACUUUCUUGGUGACAGCAAGCGUUCCAUUUGCGGAGAUGCUAGCAGCCCUCUUUUUUCUGGUGUCAGUCCUGAUUGGCGCUUUCUUUUUCUACAAGAGGCAUCUCGCCAGCUCAGUACGCAGAGUGCUCCGUGAGGAGGUGAUGCUGGAGGUGCAGUCGCAAAUGGCUGACUACGUUGUCAUGGAGGACGGCCAUCGCCCAAAUCAGCGCGUGUUGAGCUUUUGA